AAAAUUCUCACAGCUCGAGAUCUUUUUCGUCAUCUCUCUUUUCGUUCGUGUUUCCGAUAACUUUCUCCGGCGAAUCUCUAAACAGCAAUGGCCGGUCGAGGUAAAACAAUUGGAUCCGCAGCGGCAGCAAAGAAGGCCACCUCAAGAAGUAGCAAGGCCGGCCUCCAAUUUCCCGUCGGUCGUAUCGCUAGAUUUCUCAAAGCUGGAAAGUACGCCGAGCGUGUUGGUGCCGGUGCUCCGGUAUACCUUGCCGCCGUUCUAGAAUACCUCGCGGCUGAGGUGCUUGAGUUGGCUGGUAAUGCAGCGAGGGACAACAAGAAAACGAGAAUUGUACCGAGACACAUCCAAUUGGCUGUGAGGAACGAUGAAGAAUUAAGCAAGCUUCUUGGUGACGUUACUAUUGCAAACGGUGGUGUUAUGCCUAAUAUUCACAACCUUCUUCUUCCUAAGAAAACCGCUGGUUCUUCGAAGGCUUCUGUUGACGAUGAAUAGAGUGGUAUCUAUCAAGGUGGAAGGAAGCGGUUCAGCCUUUAAUCUUUCAUCUUUCGCGCACCAAAGAAAGUGUUUUGAUUAGGCAUUGUGUUCAUACAUCUCAAUCUAGUGAAAAUUUCUUAGCUUUUCUACUUUAAUGUUGUUCCAAUUAGAUCAUAUACUAUUUCUCUACGUGGUUUUUGAGAUUUGGUGUUCUUGAUAAGUCGAUCACGAUUUGCUGUUUGGGUUAUACCAUUUCAACGGUGCAUUCUCCCUUGAAGGGUUUGGUUUAUGAUCUUUGAUUGGAUGCAAAUUUGAUAGUGUUUUUGAACAAAUAAAUUAGGGCAUUUUUAGGCUAUAUGCACCAAAUGGGAUGCACUCCAGGUCAUAUACGAUUGAUAUGCAAUUGGCGUAACAACUCAAGAACGAGUUCUUGAUCAAGAAAGUUUUGUAAAUAUAAAAGACAUAGUUGUGCCAUGUUAUUGGGAUUUUGUUGAAAUCAAACCCCAAAUGUAAGUAUUGUAGAUUUUGAUCAUGAAAGAUGAAGGGUAACAACGGAGUUGAUCAAAAUCCAGAAUUCCAGUUUCGGUAUGGUUAGCUGGGAGAGGUAUUAAGACUCAUAAUAAGCGGUGUUCGUUAUGGUUUAAAAAUCCAGAAAUGGUUGAGCAUCUUGUAACUAGUUGUGAGUUUACUCAAGGGGUGUGAGAAUCGGUAUUUAAAUUGUACGGGUUACAACGGAAACAAUUCUCCAAUGUAGUUGACUCCAUUGACUUCUCUGCUUCUUGGGGAAAUUACCCUCUACCAAAGUGGUGGACAAAUGGAC